CUUUCUCUCACAUUUUGGACGGUUCAGUCUGUGUUUCGCUUUUCCUUUUCCUCUAUCGCUUUGUGUCUCUUUCUCUCUCUAUCUUUCUAGGGUUUGUUCGUGGAUUUGAUUUCGUUUCUGAGUUUAGCGAUCAUGUCGUCCAAGAAGGUGACUCUGAAGAGCUCUGAUGGUGAGACCUUUGAUGUCGACGAGGCUGUCGCCCUUGAAUCUCAGACUAUUAAACACAUGAUCGAAGACGAUUGCGCGGACAACGGAAUCCCGUUGCCUAAUGUUACCAGUAAGAUCUUGUCAAAGGUGAUCGAAUACUGUAAGAAGCACGUAGAGACUCCCAAGGCUGAUGAUCGGACUGCCGAUGAGGAACUUAAGACUUGGGAUGCUGAGUUUGUCAAGGUUGACCAGGCCACACUCUUCGAUCUCAUCCUGGCAGCGAACUACUUAAAUAUCAAGAGCCUGUUGGAUCUUACAUGCCAGACUGUUGCAGAUAUGAUCAAGGGUAAAACUCCAGAAGAGAUCCGGAAGACAUUCAACAUCAAGAAUGAUUUUACCCCCGAGGAAGAGGAGGAGGUUCGGAGGGAGAACCAGUGGGCCUUUGAAUGAGAUUUGACCGAGGAUACAACCAAGGCUAUGCUAUGCUGUUCUAAAGGUGGGGGGUUGGUUGGGUGAUUGAUGUCCACUGUGAUUCAAGUAAACUAAUAGUUACCUUGUAGGAAAGACUUCAUCUAGUACAUUUGCCUUUUAUUUCAAUGCAAUGGAACUUAUUUUUCAUAAGAUGUAUAUAUACUGUUGGUGGUAGUGGUGGUCAUUGGUAUUAUUUGCCCAAUGUUGUUUUAUCAAAACCAAUCAGAACCCUAUUCUACCACCUUCAGCAUACUCUUUUAUGUGAUUACUGUUCUUUUGAACAUGAUGAUAUUCUGUCAUUUUAUAAAUACGUCAUAUUGAUUGCAUUUCUUUCUA